CCCCGUCGGAGGCGGCUUCCAGAGCGGGCGGCAGGAUGCAGAAGGAGCGGCUGUACAAGCUGCUGGUCAUCGGCGACCUGGGCGUGGGCAAGACCAGCAUCAUCAAGCGCUACGUCCACCAGAACUUCUCGCCCCACUACCGGGCCACCAUCGGCGUGGACUUCGCCCUCAAGGUGCUCCCCUGGGACCCGGAGACCGUCGUCCGGCUCCAGCUGUGGGACAUCGCCGGUCAGGAAAGAUUUGGCAACAUGACCCGGGUGUAUUACCGAGAAGCGAUGGGAGCGUUUAUUGUCUUUGACGUGACAAGACCGGCAACUUUUGAAGCAGUGACCAAAUGGAAAGAGGAUUUGGACACUAAGUUGUCCCUCCCCAACGGCAACCCCGUGCCGACGGUUCUCCUGGCAAACAAAUGUGACCAGGGCAAAGAGCCCCUUGUGAACAACGGCAUAAAGAUGGAGCAGUUUUGUGCGGAGAACGGCUUUGUGGGAUGGUUUGAAACGUCGGCAAAGGAGAACAUAAACAUUGACGAAGCGUCCAGGUGUCUGGUGAAACAUAUCAUCGCUAGCGAGAGCGAUCCAAUGCAGCCCGUUGAGCCGGAUGUUGUUAAACCCCACUUGAAUUCCAACAAGCUCGCCAGCUGCUCAGCUUGCUUUAGACCCUAAGCGAUUUUCAAGCUGUUUGCGGACACAGGAACUGAGCAAAUAUCUGGUAAAAGAAAAUUUCCACCCUGGCGCACCAGCCCAGAUACGGCUGCUCCCCAGCGCAAACCGAGAUCUGGAAAUUUGCAGCUCUUCUGAAUACAGGGUUGGAAAAAAAUAUAUCCAGAUUUAGUCUGGUCGUGGAAGAGUUUUUCUGCGAGUAUUGGAAGGUAAUUGUCUGGGCCGCUUCAAUGAAUGGCCGCUGUUCAACCUCGGUACUCCCACAGAAGAUGUUGUGGACAUCUGAACUCUCGCCGUGUAUUGUGGUCAACCUUUCGAGAGAGACGUCACAAUUUGCUUUCUGAGGGCAUUCCACUGAAACAUCUCCAGUAAAGGGAUGCUCGCGGAAAGCAAACAGCUGGCUAUUCCUGGCAAUUUCAGAGGCAAGAUCUGCGGCAGAGUUAUUUGCAAUAUUUUUCUAGGGAUUGUUGUUGUUUUUUACAAGAAGGGGCGGGAUAUAUUUUUUUGCACUGCAGCACACUUAUAAGGAAUGUAAAUCCCGGCCAUAUCAUUGGCUGUUAGACAAUUCCCUCAAGAACCGGCAGGCCUGUCUUAAAGACAAGCCUAAGACACCAUUACCUUAGAUUAUUGAUCCAGUCAUUUGUGGUCCGCAUAGUGUGGGCUGCCUGCCUUCUAGAUGAACUGGGAAAAUUAAAAAAAAACACCCUGUACAUAAAGGAAUUUCAAGACAAUGGCCAUUUGUUGUGCCGUCUUUCAAUUGCCAUGAAGAUUCCUUGUUUGUGCAGUCUUUCAAUCAAAGCAUUUGUGUUUUUAUGCCAAUUGUCUAUGGGUAAAGAUGGGGGAGAUAAUGUAGAUCAUCAGUUCUAGACAAAGUUAAUCAGCGCAUUGUCAAAGGCCAAGGGCAUGCUAAGUUCAUGGACAAUGGACUCCACCCAAACGCAGGAUUUGCAUUCACCAAUACUGCUGGUGCUCUAGGGAAUGCAAAU